AGACUUCUUGAAGCUCGAAAUCGCCCAUCACCAUCCCUGGAAAACCCAAGAACCCUUCUCUAAGCAUCACUUAACAUUGGCCAAAUUUAUGGCCAAAUUUGACCGGUGUGUUCUCCAGGGCUAUGCUCGAGUGCUAUGAUUAGGCUAGGUUUUUGUUUUUAGUUAUAUUUAUUUUAUUUUGGGGGGGGUUCGUGGUCUCUUUCCGUGUGCAAAAAAUCUGAAAUCAGAUAAAAUAUGGCAUGUUUUUUUGUAUUGUAAGUAAAUUGUAUUAAAACAAAUUAUUGUAUGUACUCCAAGAAAUCGAUGAAUUAACUUAUUAAUGAAAUGUACUCUACGUCUUCGAUUGAUUUCUUUUGAUUUUGUGCUCAACGCGCCUUUCGAAUGACGCUAUUUUAUAAUCCUAUAGCUACCAAUUUUUACAGUUUUCUUUACGUUUUAACUUUGCGCCGUUUAAAAUGCAUGUGAACUGCAUCUUUUUAAAAUGUUAAAAUGCAUGUACCUAAAAUUUCAACCUUCCUAUUUUACUUUAUCACAGCAUAUUGUAUUCGUAUGGGACUUUAAUUUUGAAGAAAGCGGCCUUUUAUUUUGAAAAUCUUUGACAUCCUCUGCUGAUCCGACCUCAGAUUGUGGGUCAUAAUGGUGUGAAUGUUGAGCAAGUAUGGCGAUUCCGAGAGAUGUUAUAUUUUCCCUGUCAGUGUCUCUCUCUAAAUGAAAGCAGAGCCUUCCCUGCAAACUAUAACGUUACAUAGAAGAGUGCGAUAGACUGACGGUCUCAAUAGACUUGAAUCUGUUCAGAAAAAAGAACAUGGCACCGACUGGAAAUCUUCCACUUCUUUAUCGUGCUGCUGCUCUAUAUCAUGUACACACUAAAACAGCAUUAAGAGAAUCCCUUUGUAAACCAACUUUAAAAAUUUGCUUUGCUUCACCCUGCACCCUUCAACAUAGAAGGUGUGUUUCUGUGGAGGCUGCUAUAAGGCAUAUUGCAGAUUUGACUGACAAGGAAAACAGACUUGUGACUAGGCUCUACAAUGGACUUAUUGGCGGACAAAGGGCAGCUCUCGCAGAGUCUAUAACCAUUGUGGAGACCCAGCAUCCAAGAAAGAAGGAGAUGGCCCAGGUCCUGCUUCAGAGAGUGCUGGCCUACCGUCAGGAGCAGGAGAGACUUAAUGGUGGGAAGCCAGUGGCCUUCAGAGUGGGGCUGUCUGGUCCCCCUGGUGCCGGAAAGUCUUCGUUCAUUGAGGUUAUCGGGAAGAUGUUGACCGGAAGAGGGCAUAAAGUUUCAGUACUAGCUGUAGAUCCUUCCUCAUGCACGACUGGAGGUUCACUGAUGGGGGACAAAACGCGAAUGACAGAGCUCUCCAGGGACAUGAACGCUUACAUCCGACCGUCUCCCACAUCAGGAACUCUGGGUGGAGUGACAAGAACCACCAAUGAAGCCAUCGUCCUCUGUGAGGGCGCAGGUUACGACAUUGUUUUAGUUGAAACUGUGGGCGUUGGACAGUCAGAGUUUGCAGUAGCUGAUAUGGUGGAUAUGUUUGUGCUGCUGAUCCCACCAGCAGGGGGCGAUGAACUACAGGGAAUCAAAAGAGGCAUCAUUGAGAUGGCUGACCUGGUGGUAGUUACAAAAUCAGAUGGCGAUUUGAUUGUUCCGGCUCGGAGAAUUCAAGCAGAAUACACAAGUGCCCUGAAAUUGCUUCGAAAGAAGUCCAAAGUCUGGAAACCAAAGGUGAUCCGCAUAUCCUCUCAGACAGGCCAAGGUAUUCCUGAGCUGUGGGACACAGUGUUACAGUUUCAAGAGGCAAUGCUGAGCAGUGGUGAGCUCAGAGUCCGCCGGCAAAAUCAGCAGAAAGUGUGGCUGUGGAAUUUGAUCCAGGAGAACGCUCUCCUCAACUUCCGGCAGCAUCCGGCCGUGUGUGCCGAGCUCCCGGAGCUGGAACUAAGGGUCACACAUGGAGAUAUUUCACCCGGCCUUGCUGCUGACCUCCUCCUGAAAGCCUUUACAACCACACCGUGAUAAAAGGACAUUCCAUGGGAAACAGAAAUCUUGCAUUUCAAUAUUAGAAAUAUUGAGUCUUUUUACUUUGUACUGCACCUCGCCUGGUUUUAAAGGAUUUUAAUGUCUGGUGUGUGUCAUAAAAUGUUGCUUAUCAAGUGAGUAAAGCUGUAUAAAUAUGGGAAACAAACUUAUUACUAAUGUUACAUCCUUUAAACUUUGUAAAAUGCAGUUACUCACACAACACUCUGCACAAAUACUGCAUGUACAUGCAUACUGUAUAUUUGUAUAAAUUGAUAUUUAAUUAUCCCUUGAGAAAUUAAAGACUUGUUGUCAAUGAAAUAA